UGUGCUGAACCUAUACGUCUUAUAAUUGUAAUUACGCAUCAACAAUUUCCACUUAGGAUUUCAUACAUAUAGAGAAUGCAUUUUAAUAGUAUGUUUGUUCUAUUCCUAUCUUUGAUUAUUGGAUUUCCAAGAUCCCUGGAUGGACAAGGGCAUGAGCUAACCAAGAACCCUGGAUCUUUUGCCCCCGGCGAACCAAUAGGUAGAGGACAAGAGGCGCAAUUCAAAGAGACCAACUUGAACGAAAUUCUUAAUGUUAGCACCAAAGCAAGUGGGGAAAGUUCUGGAAUUCGGACCAUCAGUGGCGAGCUCAUUCCUCGAGCAAAGGAUCACGCCACCGGAAAUACUCCGCCAAAAUCGACGGGUACUGACAUUUCCAAGAACGCCAAUCCUAACCCAUCCUCGACCGUAAAGGCAGAGCAACCACAGGGUGCACCAGAUAAGCCCCCCAUCAACACGAAUCAAGGGCAACCAUUGGUACCCGGAACACCGCUUGGUCCAAAUACUGGCGAGGCUCUGGGAUCAAUGUCACCAGGUGAACCUUUAGGUCCAAAUGGUCAUUUUGUCCCUGGAGAACCGAUUGGGAGCGGACAAGUGGCGAAAUUCAAAGAGGUCAGCUUAAACGAAAUUCUUAAUCCAGGCCCAAAAGGAAGUGUGGGAAUUCGUACAGUGAGUGGUGAGCUCAUUCCUCGACCAAUAGAUCAACCCACCGGAAAUGUGCCGCCGAAGUCGACGGGUCCCGACACCUUUAACACCCCGUCCAUUGGGGUAUCUGUCGGGUCUGCGGACAAAACUACCACCUAAAAGCGAUUGGAUGAAUUGUAGUACAGGUGUUUCCUUCAUGUGUGCGAUGACAUGUUUAAAUGUAUAAUAAUCACAAGUAAAAUGACAACGGACUUUCAAUCGCAUGAACAUGUGAAUGACGUUUUCCACCUGCUUACUAAGUACAUGUAUUUGUUAAUAACUAGUAAUUACACGUAUAGUAAGUAUUCACUUAAAUGUUUUGGUAUUAAAAUGAAGUUAAAAUCAAUCGCCGACAACCUUUUCACGUUUUGGUAAAUUGACGAAAUUAAAAGAAAUGUUUCAGA